AGAAUGAAAUAAAGAAGGACUGAUGCGAACAGCAAGGUUUUUGCAUCUGUGUAACGGUUAAAUUCAGCAGCUACAACUGAGGUUAGAGAGAGAGAGAGAGAGAGAGAGCGAGAGAGAGAGGGACAGAGCGGGCUUUUUUAUUUGUGUGACCUUUAAAUUCCGCAGCCACAAACAUAUUAGCUGCGGAAAUCUGAGUAAAACAAAACAGCGCUGACAGUCAGCAAUGCAUGUUUCCUUGUUCUUUGCUCUACAUCAUUUAUUAAGGAGAAAUUAUUCAUACUGGAGUGCUUCAGUUCUAGGGGGCAGGGUGACUCAGUGCUCUAUCACUGGGUGAGGCAGCAUCCUGUCUAUGAGGUUACAAGUAAAGAAAAACUGAAAUAAAAUAAGAGGAACAGCCAAGAGAGGACUGACAAGUUCAGAUGUGGUAAAUCAGCAUCUUACAACUUGCAGAGCAACACUAGUACAUUCAAUUUUAACAAAGCUACACACACACAUCAAGAAAUAAUGUACUGGGCACUAUAUACCAGCAUCCUGACUCUAAGUAUAUACUCUCCCAUCUCUGUAUUAUGUUCUGCUGCUUUUAUGCAGCUCUCAGAUGUGGAGAAGUACGAAGUAACAAAACCCAUCCGAGGAAGCAGAAGCCUGAAGAAGAGGGAUCUUUCAUCUAAUGAGAAUGCAUAUCCUAAAGAGGUCAGGUAUGACAUAGGAAUUGAAGGCAAGAAUCAUACCAUUCAUCUGAAAAAAAAUCAAGACCUUUUGGGAACAAAUUACACUGAAACAUACUACCUUGAUGAUGGAACGGAAGUAACACACGCACCAAAAAUUCAGGACCACUGCUAUUACCAUGGCCACAUCAAGGGGAUUAAGGACUCUUCUGUCAGCAUCAGCACCUGCGCUGGGAUCAGGGGAUCUGUUUACUUUGAUGAGAAGACCUAUUUAAUUGAACCCUUAGAAGGGACAGAUGAAGGGGAGCAUGCAAUCUAUAGACAAGAGCACCUUCGGAUGAAACGAGGGACCUGUGGGAAUAGCAAUAAUACGAUUUAUGACAAAGGACCAAGGCUACCAGAGGCUGUUUACAGGCCCCCCUUAGAAAUGAAACCUUCACCGCUUAUCAGAGAGAAACAAUAUGUGGAGCUAUACCUGGUUGUUGAUAACAGUGAGUAUGUUAAACUUGGAAAAGAUAUGGAAGAAAUAAGAAGUCGCAUGAUGUCAAUAGUCAACCACGUAGAUAAACUUUAUCGGACAAUAAACUUCCGUGUAGCCUUGGUUGGUAUGGAGGUAUGGACAAGUGGAGAUCUCAUUUAUGUUAGCACAGUUCCUAAUAUCACACUGAAAAACUUCCUUACCUGGCGCAAAGAAAAUCUGAAAAAGAAAAAGCCUCAUGACAAUGCACAACUUAUAACUGCAGUUAAUUUUGAAGGUUCUACAGUUGGACUGGCAACAAAGUUUGCAAUGUGUGAAGGAGACUCUGGAGCAGUGAAUGAGGAUCACAGCAAAAAAUAUUUUGGUGUGGCAUCGACUCUUGCUCAUGAGAUGGGACAUAAUCUGGGCAUGUCCCAUGAUGAUGAGGUUCCAGGAUGCUGGUGUGAGAAAACACAAUUGGAUGGUGGUUGUGUCAUGGCACCAAGUGUUGGGGAUAAAUAUCCAAGUGUCUUCAGUAGCUGCAGUAAAAAUGAUCUGGCUACUUUUCUCCAAAACUCAAAACCCAGCUGCUUGGCUGCUGUAAACACAGAUGAUCUCUAUGGUGGACCUGUCUGUGGGAACAUGUUUUUAGAGCAUGGUGAAGAAUGCGACUGUGGAACCCUUCAGGAAUGUACCAAUCUAUGUUGCAAUGCUUCAACAUGCAAGCUGCAUGAAGAUUCUGAAUGUGCUCAAGGAGAAUGCUGCCAGGACUGUAAGCUCAAACCUGCAGGAAUAUUGUGCCGGCAGAGUAAAGAUGACUGUGAUUUGCCAGAGUACUGCACAGGUGCUAAGGCAGUGUGCCCUGUGGAUGCUUUCCAACAAAAUGGCUCUCCUUGUAAGAAAGGAAGAGGUCACUGCUAUAAUGGGCAGUGUCCUACACACGCACAGCAUUGCAUUACUCUUUGGGGCCCAGAUGCAAAGGUUGCACCGCAUGACUGCUUCAGACUGAACAAAAAUGGAGGAGAAUAUCACUACUGCAGAAAGUAUCAGCAACAGUAUGUGCCUUGUGAGUCAGAAGAUGUAUUGUGUGGUAAGAUAUAUUGUACUGGUGGUACCAAUUUUCCAAUUACUCAGAGAAAGUACAUAACAAGUUUCCCCGGAAUAAAAGAGGGAUGCAAAGUAGCUGGAAUCAAACAAGAUAUCGCAACUGGUGUGGACUUUGGUUUAGUACCAACUGGAACCAAAUGUGGAAAUGACAAGGUGUGCUAUGAAGGUCGAUGCCAGGAGCUCUCUGUCUAUGGAUCAAGGAACUGUUCAGACAAGUGUAAUAACCGUGGGGUCUGUAACCACCAAAAUGAGUGCCAUUGUGAUGCAGAGUGGGCACCACCUUAUUGUUCAAGAAGAUAUUCUGAUGGAGUAGAAUCAGGAGGUCUGAUGAUUGCUGUUAUUGUAGCAGUGGUUAUACUUCUGCUAAUUCUGGCUGUCCUGGCUGGAGGAGUCUUCCUUAAACAACAAAAAAGCAAGACGAAUCAGCUCCCUGAGGAAAUUAAAGUCACGUCUGAAUCAUCAGGCUUGUUAAAUCCUCUGUUCCUGGAUACCAACAGUAAACAGGCUCAAAAAAUUUCUCAUAUCAGUAUCAGUGGUCCUGUUCAUUGUACAACGACAGUUGCAAAUUGGCAGAAUUGCACUCCAAUAAACAGCACAGCAUCUCCCAGCCGCCAGGCACCACCACCUCCUAUGAAACCUGUGGUCAAGCAGUCAGCUACUACCCAUGAAAAAAGAACGGCUGAGGCUUUAAGGCCAAAUAUGCCACCUCCUGUCCCCCCUGGCAAACCUGUCUCUACUGAAUGUGAGCCAGUACACAUCCAGGUCAUACCACAUCCUCCUACAAAGCCUUUACCAGAAUUGAAAGUUAAACAAAUAGGAAAGGUGACUCCAGCUCCAGUACUACUGCCGCCCCUGAAACCAACCUCUGCAAAACCACCAUCCAGCCAACCACAGAUAGCCCUUAUGCCAAAAAUCGCUCUUAAGCCUGUGGUACAUCCGAAACAACCAGUCAAUCCCAGAUGCUGAAAUAUUCCGUUUUGGAAGCUGUUCUGCACUGAAAAAUUAAUAAUAUGUUUGGGAGUCACUGGAAAAAAAAUAAUGAAUGCAUCAAUGUUUACAUGAAAAAUGAGUACGAAAUACAAAGAUCAAGCUUAA